AUGGUUGGAUGGUUGGAUGGUUGGAUGGUUGGAUGGUUGGUUGGUUGGAUGGUCAUCAUUAAUGAACCACAGCAUUCUGGAAUUUCCCUGAUUGUUAACAGGGAUCAGGGAUCAUCAUCAGGAUUUCGGACUGCUACAUACCUAAUUGGCUCAAAUUUUAGCGAGAGCCUAAAAUUCAUGAGUAGUCCGACUUACAGCGCUUUUGGAAUUUGGCAAGGUUGUGACGAUUUUAUUAUUGCUUUUUCAGAUCCUGCGAGCAAUAAAACGAUUUUUAUAAAAUAUAUUGUGGUUCCUUUAUCAAAAUUGGAUUUAUUUUUAAUGGUUUUAUUUCGCUUUAUUGGAAAGCUGAUGCUGACGAUGAGGGAACAUGACUUCUGCAAAAUAAACUUGCCAUGUAAUUGUGUUCGACCACCACGAAAGACUAGAGAGAAAAGGCUGCUCACAUAUGGCAGUUCCUUACAAGGAUCGGGACCGUAUGAUGAGCUACAUGGAAGCUUAGUGCACACAUUUCAUGAUGAUUUAAUUAAUAAAGUGUUAAUUCAUUUUGCUGUUGAAAUGUCAUUUUCGAUUUUGCUAGAAAAUAAAGAUCUUUCUAAAAAUGAUGUUGAUGUACUCAAAACUAAACAUGACAAAGGAUCCUCAAGAAUAUUUGCAACUUAG